AUGGACGUCUCCCAGGCCGUUUCCGGGUACAUCAAUAAGAUCAUUGCCACGACUGAUACGUCGUCUGCCAAGAUGAAGAUCCUCCUUCUUGAUAGGGAAACUGUUUCUAUCGUCUCUACCGCAAUCACGCAAUCUUCCCUUCUCAGCCACGAGGUCUACCUCAUCGACCGUCUGGACGCUGCAAACCGCGAGAGGAUGCGACAUCUACGCUGUCUCUGUAUCGUGCGGCCAUCACCCGAAACCAUCCAGCUGCUCAUAGACGAGCUGCGAGACCCCAAGUAUGGAGAGUACCAACUGUUUUUCACAAACGUGAUUAAGAAGUCAGCACUGGAACGCUUGGCCGAGUCGGAUGAUCACGAGGUGGUCAAGUUGAUUCAGGAGUACUAUCUUGAUUUCACCGUCAUCAACCCCGAUCUUUUUUCCAUCGGCCUCACACUUCCCCAUCGCCGCAUCUGGGCCGGCAGCCCUGAUACAUGGAAUCCCGACUCUCUACAGCGCUGCGCCGAGGGUCUCCUAGGAGUGCUACUAUCGCUGAAGAAGAAGCCUCUCAUUCGAUACCAAAAGACAAGCCCCAUCGCCAAGAAACUGGCAUCCGAGGUCCGGUAUCUAAUGACCCAGGAGGACCAACUAUUUGAGUUCCGUCCAGUUGACACGCCCCCUAUCCUUCUUGUGCUGGAUCGCCGAGAGGAUCCUGUGACGCCGUUACUUACACAGUGGACAUACCAGGCCAUGGUGCAUCACCUCCUAGGCAUCCAGAACGGCCGUGUCGACUUGAGCGACGUUCCCGAUGUUGGUCCGGAUCUGAAGGAGAUUGUUCUGUCCCAGGAUCAGGAUCCUUUCUUCAAGAAGAACAUGUUUCUCAACUUUGGCGACCUGGGAGGCAACAUCAAGGAGUACGUUGGCCAGUUCCAGUCCAAGACCAAGAACAACGAAAACAUCGAGUCAAUAUCCGAUAUGAAACGAUUUAUUGAGGAGUAUCCCGAGUUCCGCAAGCUCUCUGGCAAUGUUAGCAAACAUGUCACGCUGGUUUCGGAACUCAGUCGGAGGGUAGCAGCGGAGAACUUGCUCGAAGUCAGUGAGCUGGAACAGAGCCUGGCCUGUAACGAGAACCAUGGAACUGACGUCAAGAACAUCCAACGGCUCAUCCAGUCUCCCAACGUCACUUCAGAAAGCAAGGUCGGCCUAGUGGCCCUAUAUGCUCUUCGAUAUCAGAAGCAUCCCUCAAACUCCCUUGCCAUGCUCACAGACCUCCUCGUUGCAGCCGGCGGUGUGACCCCCAGACAGGCGGAGCUUGUGGACAAGUUGGCAGCAUACCACUCAUCACUUCACGCGUCUCAGUCCCAAAGUGGAAUCUCGGAAAUCUUUGAGUCGGCUGGUAUCUUUUCUGGAGCGUCGAGCCGUUUCAAGGGUCUCAAGGGCGUCGAGAACGUCUACACGCAGCACAGCCCACUUCUUGAGAGCACCCUCCAGAACAUGAUCAAGGGCAGGUUAAAGGAACAGCAGUAUCCGUUCGUAGAGGGUGGAGGUACGACCAAGGACAAGCCUCAGGACAUUAUCGUGUUCAUUGCCGGCGGAGCUACGUAUGAGGAGGCAAAGAUGAUUUCAGGGCUAAAUGCGACGAGCCCCGACCAAGGCCAACCGUCUGGCGACGUCAAUGGCAGAUUGGAAGACGACGGCAUCUUGCGACUGUCUCUGGCGACUCAAGCCCGCCAUAGGCCUUUUGACGUGGUGGUAAUUGGAGGUGGCCAUGCUGGAGCCGAAGCAUGCGCCGCGGCCGCACGAGCCGGAGCCCGGACGGCCUUGAUCACACCGAAGGUUGACAACCUGGGGACAUGUUCGUGCAACCCGAGUUUCGGAGGAAUUGGCAAGGGAACCAUCAUCCGGGAGAUUGAUGCGCUUGAUGGUCUGGCGGGGAGGAUCAUUGACAAGGCGGGCGUCCAGUUUCACGUAUUGAACCGACGGAAAGGAGCAGCGGUUUGGGGACCUCGUGCGCAGAUCGAUCGAGACUUGUACAAGAAAUACAUGAGGGAGGAACUCUCUUCAUACCCGAACCUAUCCAUCGUCCUCGACAGCGUCUCCGAUAUCGUCCUAUCAGACCAAGAGCCCGUAGAUGGUGCUUCAAGUCGUAUCGCCGGUGUGCGACUCGAGUCGGGCCAGGUCCUCCCCACGAGCAAAGUCAUCAUCACGACGGGAACAUUUCUCGGUGGCGAAAUACAUAUUGGUCUCGAGUGCUAUCCCGCUGGUCGUAUUGGAGAGGCUGCUACCUUUGGCCUAAGCAAGUCACUACGGGAUGCGGGUUUUCAGCUGGGACGUCUUAAGACGGGUACACCUCCGAGAAUCGCCAGAGACAGCAUCAAGUUUGACAUUUUGGAGAAGCAGUAUGGAGAUGAUCCUCCUUCUCCGUUUAGCUACCUCAAUGAUACGGUGGCGGUGGAGGAGCAGCUUACUUGCGGUGUGACUUAUACGAAUGAGAAGACGCACCAGAUUGUUCGGGAUAACCUCGAAAAGACGAUUCACAUCCGCGAGACCAUCAAGGGACCUCGAUACUGCCCUUCUCUGGAAUCCAAGGUUAUCCGUUUCGCAGACAAGGAUCGACAUAUCGUCUGGCUUGAGCCUGAGGGUUUCGACAGCCCCAUCGUUUACCCGAACGGGUUGUCAAUGACAAUUCCUGCGGAGGCUCAGGAACAAGCACUCCGCACGAUCCCAGGUCUGGAGGAUUCCAAGAUGCUCCAGCCCGGAUAUGGAGUUGAGUACGACUACAUCGAUCCUCGCGGUCUGAGGUCAACGUUGGAAACAAAGGCCAUUAGCGGUCUGUACCUGGCUGGACAAAUCAACGGAACCACAGGCUACGAGGAGGCUGCAGGCCAGGGAGUUCUCGCGGGUAUCAACGCAGGUCGUGCAGCCAAGGGUCUCCCAGGCGUGUCCCUGUCAAGAGGCGAUGGAUAUAUUGGCAUCAUGGUUGACGACCUCAUCACAAAAGGCGUCACUGAGCCAUACCGCAUGUUCACUUCACGAAGCGAGUUCCGAAUGGCUGCCCGAGCUGACAACGCCGACUUCCGACUCACAUCCAAGGGUCAUGAGUGGGGUGUCAUCUCGGACAAGCGAUGGAGUGUAUACAGUGAUGAGCGUCAGCAAAUGGACGAUCUCACAAAGGCUCUUCGGUCUGUAUCCCUCAGUCCUGCGCAGUGGAUUGAAAAGGGCUUCCAUCUCAAGCGCAACACGGCCCGACGUGAUGGUCUCGACAUGCUCCGCCUCUCAAGUUCCAACACACGCAUCGAGCUUGAGCAGCUAGUAUCCGUCGUGCCCGAUAUCAUGAACUACUCGCCGCGUGUACGCAGCCGUGUUGCCAUUGAAGCCUUUUACGCCCCCUAUAUCAAGAUGCAAGAAGCGGAACGCAGUCAGUUCACUAAUGACGAGCGUGUCCGCAUCCCCACGAGUCUCGACUACGAUGAGAUUCCCGGUCUCGCCAUCUCAGAGAAGGAGGCUCUCAAAGUCGCCAGGCCAGAGACUCUUGCCCAGGCUCGAAGAGUCGAGGGUGUGACUCCAUCAGGAAGUCUAAGACUCUUAGCCUACGUCAGACGAAACCCAUACCGAGAGAGUUUAGGCGAGGUCCCUUGA